UCAAGCAAUAUGAUGCAAACAUAUUCUGCAAGGAGUUUCUUUUCUGAGAGAAUGGCUUCAUUUUUUCUGCUGAGUUUUGGUCUUCUUUUUCUUGCACAUGCAGCAGCAGGACAUCAGUCAUCAGAUCAUUCUUUGAUGUUUGGUGCACCAGGAGAUGGUGUGACUUUGCCAUGUCGCAUACUUUCAAUCACAUCCUGCGACUCUGUGGGCUGGAGGAUUUCACACUCCGGUAAGGAGGUGGUGAAGGCUGGACGGGUGACAGAUCCAUACAUCAACAGACUUGGUCUGCUUGAAGACUGCUCGCUAAGGAUUCAUCACCUGGAAAUUGACGAUGCUCAGCUUUACUCCUGUGAAAGUGGAGUACUCAAUUCAAGUGUUUCCCUUAGGAUUCUUGAAAUUUCAAGGAAUCCAUCGUAUUCAGUUGGGAAGAUAGAGCUUCACUGUUUUCUCAACACACACACAGGCUAUAAACCCUGUAAGAAUGAAGGAAUGAAUAUUACAUGGACGACAGAGGAUAACACAGCUUUAAAUGGAAACAGGUUUCAUUUUGAAAAUAUCCCUGGCUGCUUCUCUAAGCUAUUCAUUGAUUACAAACUGACAGACCAUCACAGGAAAUGGAGAUGCCAGAUGAGUUUGAACGACACAGUUAAAGCCGCCACUACUUAUACAACAACAGUGAAAGAUGGCCUUGAGGAAGUGUUCGCAGCCGUCAGUGAGUCAGUGUCACUCUCCUGUGGCAACACUUCCUCUCUCGCUGUGGGCGGCAGAGUGGAGUGGAGGAUGGGAUCACAGAAAGAUCAUAAGUCACCUAAUAAAAGUUUAACAGAGGCGUUUCAUGUGAAUAAAGAUUUCUCAUUGGGGAUUGACAAAGUGAGUCCUCUGCAUGUAGGGGAUUACACAUGUUCAGCUGGUCAGCAGGUCUUCAACAGAGUCAGGCUGCAUACUUUAGAUGUUGCUUCAGAAAGUGGCCCAGGAGGGGGAAAUCUCACUCUGACUUGCAUCCUGUCCUGCUCUCAUGAAUGUGUGCAAGAGUUCAGUUUAACAUGGUCUGGAAGUGGUCUCCAGAGUGCUUUAAUGACCAUCAAUAACACCCUUAUAAAAAAGCUAUUUGUACCAUCUAUGCCCAUGGCAUCAGAUGACUUUAUCUGCUCUGUGUAUAGAGAGGGAGGGGUGAUGGCAUCAAAGAGAUGGCACAUUGGUUACUCGCUUCAAACAGAAACUUGGUUUUGGGUAACCUUUACUCUCAGUCUGUUGGUAUGCAUAAGUGCUGGAGGUCUCUACAUGUACAUAAAGAGGAAGCACAAAAAGGAUUCAGAAAAUGAACUAACAAGUAUAGGAAUGAAUCACAUGUAUGAAGACAUUGAGGAUGACACUAAUGACGAACAACACCAGCAAAGAAAUGCCAAAAGAGAAGUUGCAACUACUGACAGUUUUUAUGAUUUAUUGCAGGCUGUAAACUAAUAAAAGUGAUUUUUUUAUUCUUUGGA